AUGUUGCUGACCAAGAAGCAGCUCUCUGAGCUGCCUGUGACCAGCCUGCUGCUCAGGACAAGACAUCCAGUCCCAGAGGCCAGUGACACCAAGGAGAGCCAGCCAGUGUUCAUGCCCUGCCUGCCCCAAUCUCAGAGUUACAAAUAUGACCAGCUUCUAACUUCAGGGCAGACUGGCCAGCGCCUGAGUGCAGAUUAUGGAGUAUUGUCAGCUUUUAUGGAACAUUCUAGAGUCAGCCAUUCCUUCCUCAGAGACGGCACCUUGGCCUAA